AUGAAGGUCUCCAUGCCCACCCUCUGCCUCCUUGUCCUCCUCCUCACCACUCGAGUUCUCUGCAGCCAGCCAAAGCACAAAGAGGUGAUUGCCAGAAUGCCUAUUGGGAUAAACCUGUCAGCUGACUGCUGUCUGAACUUCUAUAAGAGAAUACUGCCAAGGAGACUGCUGAAAGGCUACCGGAAUGCAUUCAGAUGCCACCCACCAGCAAUCAUUUUCGUCACCAUAAAGAACCGUGAGGUCUGCACCAACUUCGAAGACAACUGGGUCCAAGAGUACCUCCAGGAUCCUGACCUGCCUCUGCUGCCUCCCAGUACCCUGGCCUGAAGUUAAAACCAUCUGAUGAAAAAGCAACCAGCCCCAGCCCUGGCCCAGCCCCUCCUCCCCUGGGAGGCUCAGCCUUGGGUUUGGAGAUGGAAAGGGGUAAACCUGCACCAACAUAGGCAGCCUCUCAGUCGGAGGCAACACAAUCACAUUGAAACAGGCCAGUGAUCAAA